UGGAGCCCUGCUCUGAGUCAUGGCAGCGCAGCACCCACCGGCGGGGAGGGCAGCGUGGGGUCGGGAAGGGCCGCUCCGCGGGGCUGAUGUGGGUCAGGGCGGCCCCAUUGGCCGCAGUCCCACCGGCCGCCCCGCUCAGCGCCGUCUGGUUCCCAGGCUGCUCCCCACGCGUGGGGCCGCGCUGCUGCUCGUGGCGCUGGGGCUGCAGCAGGUCGAGGGUCGGUGCGUCUUCAACCGCACGCAGGAGUUCUGCCUGUGCUACAGGCUGACCGAGCAGAGCGCCGGCAGCGUCAUCCAGUGCCUCGCAGCCUCCACCGUGGAGUUCCAGGGGGGAGACCUGGAGAAAUACGCCGACUUCCCCGUCCAGGAGCUGGACGACUCCACCAUCGACAUGCUGGGCACCCUGGAGAUCAGGAAGAUCAUCUUUUCGGACCUUGUGGUUCCCGAGGUGCUCCUGGCCCGCGUCCUGCGGUUCUUCUCCUACACUCGGGUGCAGGAGAUGGUGUUUGAGAGCUGCAGCUUCGUGGGGAGGAGCAGCUGGGCGGACAUGGAUGGUCGGAUCCUGCCCAUCGUGUCCCUGCGCUUCCACAACGUGACGGCCCCCGAGCUGCGGGGCCGCGAGCUGGACUUGUCCCCGCUCGGCCGGUGGCUGGGAGCGCUGCGGGAGCUGUCGGUCACCGCAUCGCGGCUGGACGCGCUGCCCUGUGCCCUGGGCCGGGCGCUGGGAGCCCUGCGCUCGCUGGACCUGGCCCGUAACAGCCUGGGGGAUGCCGGCCUGGCAGCCGCCUUGUGCCGGGGCUCCUUCCCGCAGCUGCGGGUGCUGAGUUUGCAGCACAACAACCUGACGUCGUUCCGCGCUGUGUGCGGCACCGUGGGGCUGCUGGGCGAGCUGCGGCACCUGGACCUCAGCCACAACGCGCUCAGCGCCGGCACCGCCUCGUCCUCGUGCCGCUGGCCGGACACCCUGCGCGUCCUUAACUUGUCCAGCGCCGGUUUGGACCAAGUGCUCACACCUCUACCGCCCGACCUGGAGGUGCUGGACCUCAGCUCCAACCGGCUCCGCACCGUGGCCGUGUCCCUGCGCUCCCUGCGGGCUCUUUUCCUCAGUCACAACGCGCUGCCGGCCGCGCCGUCGGUGCGGGGCUGCCCCGCGCUGCUCACGCUGCACGUGGACAACAACCUGAUCGCGGAGCUGCCGCGGGACGUGGGGAACCUGCGGGACGUGACGGCGGCCGGGAACCCCUUCAACUGCUCGUGCUCCGGGGCCGGGGCCGUGCAGGCGCUGGCGGCCGCGGGGUGUUUGGGCCGGGGGUGGCCGCAGGGCUACGUGUGCCGCGCUCCUGCCCGCUACCGGGGCGUGAUGCUGCGGGACGUGCCCACCUCCGUGCUGCAGUGCAGCCCCGCCGCAGUGCUGGCUCCCGUCUGCACGGUCCUGGCGCUGCUCUGCGUGGCUGCCGGGCUGCUGUGGUGCCGGGGGGUGCGGCCACGGUGUCAGCGUGGCCCGGGGCGCGGGCAGGAUGAUUGCGGCAGCGCGGAGCGAUUGUAAGGGAUGUCCUGGUGUCCCACAGCGCACUCACUGCGGGCAGGGCUGUACCCGGCGCUGUCCCGCAGUAGGGAUGGUUUUCCCAACGUGAAUUUUGGAAUCCUCUUAUAAACAUUAAGGUUGGAACAGAUCUCUUGAGAUAGAAUCAGAACCUUCAGGAUCAUCGAGUCCAACCGCAGCCCGGCCAUCCUGCCCUCACUAACAGCCCUCAGCUCAAUCACGGCCCUGAGCUCCAUGUCCAGGUGGUUCUUAAACACACCCAGGGAUGGUGACUCACCCCCCUCCCCGGGCAGCCCAUUGCAGCGCCUAACAGCCCUUUUUGUAAAUAGGUUUGUCCUGAUAUCCAGCCUAAAGCUCCCCUGGCACAACCUGAGGCCAUUUCCCCUCAUCCUGUCAGCAGUAGAAGAGACCAACCAUGUCCCUUCUGUACUGAGGUGCCCCAAACUGAACACAGCACUCGAGGUGAGGUCUCACCAGUGCAGGGUACAGGAUGAGCUCCCUAAUCAGCACACCAUUCCUGAUCCAAGUCAGGGAGCCACUGAUCAUUAAUAAAGAUAUUAAAUAGAAGAGUCCCAGUACUGGACACCACUCAUGACUGGCCGCCAACUGGAUUUAACUCCACUGACCACAACUCUUUGGGCCUGAUCCCAUGGCUGACCUUUAACUGGUCCAUGAUGGCUCCUGACAUUACCGGUUCCAUCACAGUCCUGGGCACCGAGGUGAGGCUGACCCUCCCCUGACAGCCCAGGGCCUUGCUGUGCUCUGUGCCAGGUUCAAUUUGCCUUAUGUCCAGCCCUGCUGCUCCUCACCCCAGUUGGCUCAUCCAUCAUCCUUGUGGUGCUGGUGGGCUCCAUCAUGUCUGCACAGGGGGAUCGCAACGAGUGGCUGGGAAAGGAGCAGGGAGGGGAGAGGGGGCUGGCUGGGGGUGGGCAGUGAUUGUGCCAUGCUCUGUUCUGCUUUCCCAUUAAAAUCUGCUCCUGGGCCUUGUUAGUGUCACCUCUCCUUGCUCUGUGUGUGGCUGUCAGUGCAUGCAGGCUGGGCUGGGAGUAGCUGUGGGGCCAGGCUGCCCACCCGCUGCUGUCUAUGCAUGGUGUGAGCGGGUGUGUACGGUAUCUGUGUUUGCACCUUGGGGUUUGUUCUGGGAACUGGGAGCAGCGCCUCCACCCAGCAGAGCAGGAAGGGAAGUCCCUGCAUACUGGAAAUCACUGACCCUUAUCAGCACCUCUCUGCUCCCGCUGGACACACUGGGCGGUUUCCCCAUCUACACCCAAUGGCUCACAUCCCAUCACACCACACGCUGGGGU